AUGGCGCAAAGUAGGCCGACUUUAGCGCCGUUCUGCUUAGCGGCCAUCAUCGACACGACGCAGCCGACCAUCGAGCUCCGAGAUUGCAGCGUGCAGCUCGACACUACCACCACGUCCUCCUCAACGUUGCAGGCAUGGUGCCAGGGUCUCAGUCACCUCCUCGCAGCCUCCUUGCAACCUCCUCGCAAAGCAGGAGGGGACGCGAGCCAGCUCCCACCAACCUGGCGACGCAUCACCAUGGCCGAGCAGUCGUCGCCUGCCAGCGAGAGGAUCACCGUCACCUUUGCGGCUUCCCAGCCGCUCUUGGCCGCUCCUCUCGCGCCGCACUUCAUCAACCUGCUUCAACAGCAGCUGCCGCUGCGCAACCUGCAUUGGCGUCCGAGUCAAUCUACGCUCGAUGCCGUCGCAGCCAGGGCAGCCCAGCAGGGCAAGCCUGCCCAGGCGUCGUCUUCGCUCGCGCCCGGAUCGACCAUUCGCACCAUCCAGACGCUCGACGUGGCCCUAAAACCACUCACCGACGAGAUUCGCAGAUGGAGAGGCGAUCCAGGCUACUUUGAGCAGCCCGGUGGCGCCGGCUUGCUCGACCGUCCGUUUGUGCAUCUCUACCUCGUGGUGUGCGAGGACAGCGAGCACUACCGCACCACAGUGCGCAACGAGAUCCGCUCCUGGAUCAGCAGCCUCUCCUUCUUUCACGCCAGACAGCCAGGUGUCGGCGCCAACAAUCCGGCUCCGGGCACGCCCACGCUCGCAUCCUCCUCGCGCACCUCGCUCGGCCUGGGCUCCUUGCGAUCCGCAACGCCGCCCGUGCGCUCCGACACGCCGCCCGCGACGGCAUCGGGCCCACAGACUCCCACCACCUCGGCUGCGGCGUCCAAAGCCACGCUGCCUGCGUCCAUAUCGAUCGUGCCGACGGAGCCCGAGUACCUGAUCGUGCUCAUCACGCCGCCCGAGGGCGCCGGCAUCUCGGGCCUCGCCAACGCCACGCCCGCCGCCGAGGCAAAGACCGGCAUGGGCCGCUUCAUGAACAAGUCCAAGGCCAAUGUGCUCGAAAAGGCGCGCGCCGACUUUAGCACCUCCAAAAAGGAGCACGUCGUGCACAUCUCGCGGCUGCCACCCGUGCCUGCCGUGCCGCUCACCCGGUCCGGCCUGCACUCGAUGGACCCCACCAUCUGGGCCGAGCUGCUCACCAAGAUGCGCGAGGCCGCCUCCGCCACCUUCACCACCACCAUCGAGGCGCAGGAGCACGAGAUCGCACGCUGCGGCGUCACAAAGGGUCAGCAGGGCUGGGACUUUUGCAGCUACUUUCUCGCCAAGGACUCGCUGGCGCGCACGCUCGAUGCCGUCGGCCUCAAGGACGACGCCGUGGGCCAAUAUGAGGAUCUGGAGAUCGUCUUUGCCCAGGCCAUGCAGACGGGCGCCGUCGCAUUCGCACCCAUCGGAGGCGACGACGCCAACGACGAUUCGCUCCCGCUGCUCGACGUGCACAAGAAGCCGUAUGCAGAGCUCAUCCGGCGCAACGAAAUCUCGCUCUUUGACUUUCGCUGCUACCUCUUUGCGCGCAAGUCGGCGCUGCUCGGAAAGAUGGGCAGGGUGGCGGCGGUGAUGCGCGAGGCGCCGCUCUUUAUCGCCGCAGUCGGUCGCAUGCUGCGCCGCAAUCCCAGACUCGGCAGCGAGUGGAUCGAGUCGUGGAUCUUCUCGGCCGCGCUCGAUGUCGUCGAGCAGUGCCAGGCCUGGCUGAUACAGCGCAGCGCCGCCACGUCCGACCAGGGCGUGGACCAGCUCACGCCCGCGUUCCAGUCCAACAAGUCCGAGCUGCUCGACCUCGCACGUCGCCAACUCGACCGCAUCGGCAUCCAAGCCGGCCAUCUGCCCGAACUCGACCCCUUUGUCUGCCCCUCCGACAGCGGCGCUACGGACACGGCGAGGAAUCGAGAUCUGCCUGCGCUUCCAGACGACGCAUCCGGCGAGGGUGCUGCGGGGCUGGGCCCAGCGCUGCAGCUCGACGAGAAGCGCAUGCCGUCGCGGCCGGAGCUCAAGCAGGCCAUCGAGUCGCGCGAGCACUUUGACUCACACUACCUUGCGCUGUGCGAGCGCAUCGCCGCCGGCUGGAAAGCCGCAUCGCGCCACCGCGACACGCUGCACGUGCGUCUCGUCAUGGCCAUGCUGCGCUACCUGCGCGCCGACUACGCUGCAGCCCACACGAGCCUGUGCACCAUCAGCGAUGCCUACGCCACGGCGAGGUUCAGCCUGCUCGAGGCGCAUGCGCUGGCUCUGCAGCUCGAGUGCCACGCCCAACUCGGCCUGCCCAGAGACCGCGCGUGGGUGGCAGCGGCGUUGGCGGUGCUGCGCGCCAGUGUCCAGACGCGCGCCCGCGCACAGAUCGCCGGGACGGAGGCGGCAAAGUGGACCGACCCGGCGUAUGUGUGCGACGAGCUGCGGCGCGCGUCGUCGGCAAUGGAACGCGAGAUCCCCGUCAGCGGAUUCCCUCUGUUUGCCAUCGUGGUGCCAAGCGGUACGGCACAGCUGGUGGAGAGCGAGGACGGAUCGGUGGUCACGGUGGAUGUAACGUCGAUGCUGCCGUGCGCACAGCUGGUGCAAGACGUGCGCAUGUGUGUGGUCGGCAAGCACGCCGAGUCGCUCUGGUACACUUCGGGCAGCACGACUCUGCAGCCGGGGAGGAACCGGGUGGAGCUGUUCAACGCGCAUCCGGCGCAUGGCGUGUAUACGGUGGAUGUGACACAGAUCCGCCUCGCCCGGCUCAUCUUUCAGUACGACGCGGCGGCGGCUGUGCCGACGGUGGUGCGCGUGCCCAAGGACGGCGCAGCGCCCAGUGUGGCCUUGUCGCUGCCGAGGAGGAUCCACCUGGACCGGACGCGCGAGGUGCAAGUCACAGUCUGCGCGGGACGCCACCGUAUCGACAGCGUCGAGAUGCGCGUGGGUGCUGCCGACGGCACUGCGCUCGUCGAUUAUUCUUCGGUCGUGGCGCAAAGCGAGGCACCGGCCACUGAGGCUGCGGCGGACUGUGUGUCGCUGACCACGCUGCGUUCGGACGAGGAGGUACGCUUUACCGUCCCACUGUUGCAUGUGCCCGAGUCGGGGGUUCUGGACGCUGUAGUGACGCUGUCGUACAUCAGCGCCGCGGGCGAGAGAGCUUUGGGCAAGAAGCGCGUGCUGACGACGCGGGUGCAGCUGCGCACCGCUCUGCCACUGGGCGUGAAUGUGCAGGACUUUUUCCGCACCGCCUCGCUGCUGUCCAAGUUCACCAUCUCGGCCGCAGGCGCCGGCAGCAUCCGGCUGCAGCCUGUUCGGCUCGACCACGAUGGCGACGCAGCAGGCACGCUCGAGAUCACCGCGUGCGGGUCGGCGCGUCAGGCAACCGUGACGCCACGUCAGCCAGCAACAUACCUCUUUCGCAUGGUCAACACCGCCCGCCCCGCAGAGAGGGGGAGGUUACGGCUCACGGUCAACUACCGGUCGCUACACGAGGAGGCUGUUUCGCUAGCCGUUGGUGCGCUGCAGACACAGAGUUGGGGGAUGGAGGCGACGCGGUUGGUGCAGCAGGCGCUGCGGGUGUACGUCGGCGAGCGCGUGGAUCUGCCUGCGUUUUCCAUCACCGGCGGUGUGAGGACUGGCGAGGUGGAUGCAGCGUGGUGGCGCACCGAAUGGCGCACGUGGGGCCAAGCGCCUGCAUCGUUUGCCGAUGUGCUCGCCACGGUCACUAGGGCGCUCGACGCAGUAGCCUCGGCUGCACGCGAUGGCGAUGUAGACGACACGUGGCAGACGCUUACCAUCCCCGUCGACGUACCCAGCGUCGAGUACGUCAACGCCGUCACGCUGAAUGUGGGCGCACCGCUGAGCGACGACACUGCCCUAGUCGUGGGUCAGCCGGUGCAGUUGACCGUAGCUAUCACAGUAUCGCGCCAGUGGGCUACGAGUGCGGAGGCUGCAAAGAUGAUCUGGGAUGUGGUGCCGGACUUUGAAACGUGGCUAGUGGAUGGGCAGAAGCGAGGCAGCUUCGCCAUUGCAGCAUCAGAGCAAGAGGCGAGUGUAACACUCACGCUCACGGCGGUGCCGCUGCGGACGGGAGCCGUGGCUCUGCCGCAUGUGGUCGUGCAUCCACUCCUACCAGAACACCAGCAGGCGUCGUGCGAAACAUACAUCACCAAUGCUGCCCAGCGCAUCACGGUCCUCCCUGCCCCCACCACCACCGCCUUCUUCCUCCCCACAUCGUCACCAGUGCCAAACACAGUCUCCCAGCCGGCUUCGUACGAAUCGGCCAUGUGGCUACCGUAUCAAGCCGCGCAGCCAUCGCACGCGCGCGCCUAG